GGCUGUCAUGUCAAACAGUGGCGGGGCAGACAAUAGACAAGAUCAUAUCGAGACCACAACAUGGAGCACUCCUCAUGUUCAUCAGCGGAGAGUCCGUCCCCGGAGCCAUCUGCUAUUGCGGUGGCCCGUCGACGUGACUCAAUGAGAAGCAGUUAUAGCGUGGUAACGGAUGUUGAAAUGGCUCGCAACGAGAUUUUCGACGGCCCGAUCUCAGAAAGUAUUCCAUCAAGCGUCGCCUCUUUCUCUCAUCGCCGAAGUAGCCGUAAUAGAAAAGAUUCCACAGCUGGGUUCAUACACUUCCAAGAUGAUGGCGACGCACUUGAAUGGAGCUAUAGGGAUUCCAUUGAUACCGACAAUGAUGUUGAUGAUCUAGCUGCCGCCGAGAUUGUUGAAACCAACGAGUCGACCAAAUUCUCCUACAGAUCAAGACUAUCACAAUCGCAGUACCGCAGAAGUUCUAUUGAAGACCCUCUUCUCCCUCGGCGGUCUCUUUCUGUUGGUUCGUCUGCCGGGGACUGGAAGGGGGAUGGCAGAGUAAGCCAGGAAAUCCAUAUUGCGUCCGAGGACUCUAGCAUUAUUAUCGCUGGUUUCUCGACAACCACCAUGGGAUCUUUCAUUUACUAUAUCCUAUGCACCUUGACACUUGGGCUUGCUUUUCUAUUAUUUCGAUGGUUUCCAAGAUGGAAAAUACAAUUGUUAGGAAGGCCUACGCCACUGAGAGAAUGCCAGUGGGUUGUAGUUGAGGACCAAUGGAAUCAAAUCAAUGUAUGCGAGGUCAUGGAUCAAACCUACGAACGCCCCCUUUCUACAAUUUUUGCCGACUCUCACCGCACCCUCUAUGAUGAGGAUAACGACCCCAUUGUUAAAUUCUUGCGAUAUAUUGACUACAGAUACUUGCGCUUCUUCUAUCACCCGCUGGAGGAUAGGUUUUUUCUUAUCAGCGGUUGGAAAGACCCCUCAUGGACGGACGCAAAAUCCAUGAGAGUUGGACUGAAUGCCGAAGAGCGUGAUAGCCGCGAGCACAUUUUUGGUAAGAACCUUGUUGAUAUUCAGCAAAGGUCCAUGUUUCAGCUUUUGGUAGACGAAGCAUUUCACCCGUUUUAUAUUUUUCAACUCGCCAGCCUCAUUCUGUGGUCACUCGACGAGUACUACUACUAUGCUGCCUGCAUUUUCGUUAUUUCGGUUGUCAGCAUAGGGACCACCGUCAUCGAGACCAAUGCUACAAUGUCUCGGUUGAAGGAGAUGUCACUUUUUGAAUGCGAUAUACGCGUGCUUAGAAACGGGUUCUGGAGAUCCGUCACAUCGCAAGAGCUUGUCCCUGGUGAUGUUUUCGAAUUUUCUGACCCGUCACUGAGCCAGGUCCCAUGUGAUUGUAUAUUGCUGUCUGGUGAUUGCAUUGUGAAUGAAAGCAUGCUCACAGGCGAAUCUGUUCCUGUAUCAAAAACUCCAUUGACGGAUGAAGCAAUUGAUUAUUUGAACCUCAGUGCGCCAUCAGUCCAUCACAAUAUUGCCAAACAUUUUCUUUUCAAUGGCACCAAGGUAAUUCGGGCACGACGCCCACAAGGAGUUGAUGAUGAUGAUGCUAUUGCCUUAGCUAUCGUUAUGCGAACAGGAUUUUUAACAACAAAGGGCGCUCUUAUUCGCUCCAUGCUGUUUCCGAAACCUUCUGGCUUUAAAUUUUAUCGGGAUUCAUUCCGUUAUAUAUCAGUCAUGGGCGCAAUAGCCAUCAUGGGUUUUGUGGCUUCAUUUGCGAAUUUUGUCCGGCUAGGUCUUUCCUGGCGCUUGAUAAUUAUCAGAGCGCUUGAUUUGAUCACGAUUGUUGUACCCCCUGCACUGCCGGCUACGCUAACAAUCGGGACUAACUUUGCACUUUCUCGAUUGAAACGCAAGAAUAUCUUUUGUAUCAGCCCACAAAAGGUUAAUGUGGGAGGAAAGCUAGAUGUUGUUUGCUUUGACAAAACUGGAACGCUCACAGAGGAUGGCUUAGACGUUCUUGGGGUACGAAUCAUGAAUCAGAACCAAAGACUUUCCGAUCUCCUCUCAGAUAUAUCAUCCAAACCAAUAACAGCGCUGAGUGCCGAAUCGAUGGACGAUUUUAAGAACUAUAAUACCAUCAUUCGUAUCAUGGCAACAUGCCACUCGCUAAGAGUAGUGGAUGGCGAACUACUAGGCGACCCAUUAGAUGUGAAGAUGUUUCAAUUCACAGGAUGGUCCUUUGAAGAGGGCGGGGGCCAUGCCCCUGAUCAGCCGAAUGCUGAGUAUGAGACGAUUGCUCCAUCCGUCGCUCGGCCUCCCGGUCCCAUAGAACAUAUUAAUGGUGACGGCCAUGGUAUCCCAAGUGAAGGCGUGGAGCUUGGGGUACUGCGCAGCUUUGAAUUCGUCUCACAUCUUCGGCGCGCAAGCGUGGUUAUAAGACAAUUUGGCGAUAGUGGCGCCACCAUUUUUGUCAAAGGUGCGCCGGAAAGUAUAAAAGCCAUUUGUUUGCCAGAAAGCUUGCCGACAGACUUUGAAGAGAUUCUAGGCCAAUAUACCCACCAAGGUUACCGCGUUAUUGCAUGCGCAGCUAGGUAUGAACGGAGAUUAAGCUGGAUGAAAAUCCAGAAGCUGACACGCGCGGAUGCGGAAUCGGGCCUGGAAUUCAUUGGUUUCAUUAUUUUUGAAAAUAAGCUGAAACCGAAGUCGGCUGAAAUAAUCGCCGAAUUGAGCCGGGCGUCAAUCCGAAAUAUUAUGUGUACUGGUGAUAAUAUACUCACCGCCGUUAGUGUUGCUCGUGAGUGUGGGAUGAUUGGAAAUGAGCAACACUGUUUCGUUCCGCGUUUCACAGAGGGCCAUCUCCAUGACUCCAGUGCUUCUCUUUGCUGGGAAAGCAUCGAGGACCCGACCUUUAAAUUAGACCCACACACUCUAAUGCCAUCAUUUGAUUCAGGAGAUAUUGACUUGUCUGUUCCCGGGAAUGCAUAUAAUGCUUACGAAUACACACUUGCAGUUAGCGGUGACGUAUUUAGGUGGAUUUUAGAUUUUGGAGAUGAACUUGUUGUGAAAAGAAUGCUUGUGCGUGCGAGUGUUUUUGCUCGGAUGUCUCCCGAUGAAAAACACGAGCUCGUUGAAAAGCUCCAAUCACUCGACUACUGCUGCGGAUUUUGUGGGGAUGGCGCAAAUGACUGCGGCGCCCUGAAGGCUGCGGAUGUUGGUAUCUCUUUAUCUGAUGCCGAAGCUUCUGUGGCUGCACCCUUCACUAGUCGUCACUUCGAUGUAUCGUGUGUUCCAACUCUAAUCAGGGAGGGCCGAAGCUCAUUGGUAACAAGCUUUUGUUGUUUCAAGUAUAUGAGCAUAUACUCAGCAAUUCAGUUUUCGACAGUGAGCUUCUUGUACACAUCAGCAUCGAAUCUUGGGGACUUUCAGUUUUUGUUCAUUGAUCUUGCCCUUAUUUUACCAAUUGCUAUUUUCAUGGGAUGGACUGCUCCUUACCCUGUCCUUUCUCGGAAGCGACCAACGGCGGAUCUUGUUUCCCGAAAGGUUUUGACUCCUUUACUGGGACAAAUCACGAUCUGUGUUCUAGUCCAAUUAGUAGCAUACAAAUCUGUUCAAUCACAGCCAUGGUUCAAACCACCGAGUAAAAAAUUAGAGGAUGACAACAUUGAGAACUCAGAAAAUACCGCACUAUUCCUCGUAUCUAGCUUUCAGUACAUAUUAGCUAGUGUCGUUUUGAGUGUCGGACCGCCAUUUCGGAAAUCAAUGAGAUCAAAUAAACCUUUCCUCGCCGUUAUCCUUGUAGACGUGCUCUUUUCGUGCUACAUGCUUUUCAGACCCUCAGCGUGGGUGACAAGAGUUAUGCAAUUGACAUACCUCUCGCAACCAUUUGCUAUUUGGCUACUUGCCCUGGCUCUUGGGUCCUUUAUAUUCGCUUUGGUAGCGGAACGAAAGUUCUUCCCUAGGCUUGCUCGCAUGUUGGGACGCUUAAUGGUAUUGUUGCGGCCAGGCCAUCAGAAGCAACGGCGCCAGUAUAAAGUGUUACUUGAGGAAAUGCGGAAAUAGUGCUUUUUUUCUUAUUGAGAUUAGGAUUUCUUGGUCUUUGAGAGAAGCGUAUACAUGUCCAAGGUUACGGUUGUGGUGAUAGGUAGAGAAUAGUACAUAGACGGCAUUAUGAAUAACCAUCAUACUGUUCAGGUAUUCGGGUGUGGUAUUUGUUCUGGGAUCGACAACAAGGUUUCCCUCCUUUAUCUCGCAACUGCUCAGUGGUCCCAUGGAUGCUUCCAGCCCAACAACGCAGGGCCAUCCUUCUUCGCUCGGUACAUCAAAAAGAACCACAUGCUAGCGCCGAGUGCAGUCGCGGUAAAGCGAUAGAGCGGUCUUGC